AGAAGCAAAAACAAUUCGCUUAUGGCCUGAUUGACAACCUUGUCGUCCAAUCAGAGCUUUUUACAUUUGCGACAAUUCUACUGUUGGACCCUGGCAUCAGAGUUUUGUAGUACAGGCAAAUAUGUCGGCCUCUGGUGAUGUGUAGGCCACCAUUAUUAUGGAUGUGUGAGGAGAGCACAUAAUUCUUUUGGGAGUAGAUUCUCGUCGUUUUCUUCUUAACUUCCGUGCAGGCGGAGCGGCCUGCAUUCGGACACUCACCACUUGAAAGAAGUUACAGAACCAAGCAGCUUCGACCUCUAGCUAAUAGUUAGUUAAGCUAGCUGCCUGUAGUAAAAUAACGUCAGACGUAUCGGUGCCUGGCCAGCUAGCCAACCAUUUAUUAUUAGCCUGGCGCUUGGGGAAGCUAACCACCAGAGAAAGACCCGUACAGUCGUACAGUUUACUGGCACCGUUCAGUGACUCUCGUAUGGAUAAUAAUGAAUGUGACGAGCUGUUUCUGCGGAUUUUAAUCCGAGGAGGAAACAACACCUUUGAGACUGACAUCCCAUUUUCUGCGUUUGGACCCUGAGCUUUUACAAAACCUCUCGCAGGAGCAGCAUCCUGACCAACCGUCACCCAGAGCGACCUGUUGAUACGCAACUCUGCCCCCUCUUUGUUUCAUACUCUUGUCACGGCUGCAGAAGGAUACCUUAAACCUGACAAACCUCAAGACACAAAUGGCUGGAGGAGUCCUUUCCACACAUAAAAGCCAAAGUUUUCCACUGUUUUGAUGAGGUCAUUUUUGGGCCGUUGCACCAGAGAGGCUGUAUUAUCUGAUGGAUUUUUGUGGGAGCGUGUUAUCCUAGCCUCAGUGCUCUCCGCUGGGGAAGGAAGCAGAGGGAAGGCCCUAGAAUUCUCUGGAGACAAGGGCAAAAAAGAAAGCCGCCUGUUGCUGGGAGGCUGACGGUUACACAACUGACAGGCGCAGUUGUCCACCAACACAGUGGAAGAAAGAGACCAGUGGGGGGAGCUGAGUUGUGCUAUGCUGCCAUUGCUGGCAAAACCCCUGAUCAACACUGUCACUUUAGCUGAUGGAUGUUCUACUGGAUUCCCCCCCAGAUCUUUUGGAAAGAACCACACUAUCACUUCCUGCUUUCACAUCCCUGGUGCAGCUGGCAGGUGAGGUGGUUUAAAUCAGCCACCGGCGGGGUUUAGGGAUGCCCCGACACAGGAAAACCAGGCUACUCCACUGGCCCGCUUACAGACUGCUGUUUAUAGUACGAAUCCUGGACUGAGAGCUGACUGUCUCCUUAUUGAACAGGGAGCAUCAUUUUUUUAUUCACAAGACCCUUUCUCACUGAGGUGCUGAAAACUCUGACUGAAUAGGAAUCUCCAUAUGCAGAUGUAGCUACGGAUAAGCCCAUUUCCCAUUUCAGGAAGUGAUGCCAGGUGGCAGCAGUAAGAGCGGAGGGCGGGGUCCAUCCUCGUCACCCCUCCCCCAUGCCGUGGUCCCACCCAGCAGACCCCUGCGACCCUCCCGUUACGUCCCCGUGUCGGCAGCCACCUUCUUCCUCGUUGGUUCCACCACACUCUUCUUCUGCUUUACGUGUCCGUGGCUUUCGGAGCGUUUCUCUGUAGCUGUGCCCAUUUACAAUGGCGUCAUCUUCUUGUUUGUUUUGGCUAACUUCUGUAUGGCCACGUUCAUGGACCCCGGCAUCUUCCCCAGAGCCGAGGAAGACGAGGACAAGGAGGACGACUUCCGCGCUCCUCUAUACAAGACGGUGGAGAUCAGAGGGAUCCAGGUCAGGAUGAAGUGGUGCUCCACCUGCCGUUUCUACAGGCCGCCGCGGUGCUCCCACUGCUCUGUCUGUGACAACUGUGUGGAGGACUUCGACCAUCACUGUCCAUGGGUGAACAACUGCAUUGGCAGGAGGAACUACCGCUACUUCUUCCUCUUCCUGCUGUCUCUGACAGCUCACAUCAUGGCUGUGUUCGGCUUUGGCCUGCUCUUCAUCCUCUACCACCGGCAGAACAUUGACCGCCUGCACGCCAUUGUCACUUUGGCUGUCAUGUGUGUUGCAGGCCUGUUCUUCAUCCCUGUUGCCGGCCUUACUGGUUUCCACAUAGUGCUGGUGGCCAGAGGCAGGACUACCAAUGAACAGGUAACGGGGAAGUUCAGAGGAGGUGUGAACCCUUUCACCAAUGGCUGUUGGAAGAAUGUCUCUCACGUUCUCUGCAGUUCGCAGGCUCCCAGGUAUCUGGGCAGGAAGAAGUGUGUGCAGAGUGUGUGUGUGCAGCCGCCUUUUCUGCGGCCACAGCUGACAGAGGCCCAGCUGGCUGCAAAGAUCCUGGACAACGGCAUCCAGGGAGACCUGCACCUGUCCAGGUCCAGUCUGGAGAUGAUGGAGAGCCAGUCAUGUGACGCCGAGCCUCCGCCUCCCCCUAAACCCGAGCUCCGCUAUCCUGGAAUCACCAGAGGAAACACGGAGGAGUGUAGUCUACUGAACAAAGCCCCUCCCACCCCCACCAUGUACAAAUACAGGCCCACCUACAGCCCUGGCAAGAACCACACAGCGCUCACACAUGCUUACGCCAACCAGUUAAGUCGAGGAGAGAGCGUUGGCAGUGCCAGGGACUCCUCCUCCUCCACCUCCUCUCUCCUCCAGGCCAGCCAGCAGCCUGGUUUCCGCUCUCAGCCCAGCCUGGACCGGAGGGACGCUGUGUCUGACAGAGCAGGAGGAGGAGGGGAGAGGAGGGAGGUGGGGAGAGAGGCAGGAGGAGGGGGCAUCCCUGGCUACUCCCUCGGCGGGCGCUCGUACCCCUCCUUCUCCGACCCCACCGUCCUAUCGGGAGUGGCGUCACGAUCUUCCAGCUCCACACACACUUCAGCAGGCGCCGCCCACAUCUCUGAGGCAACCACCACCUCAGCUAGCUUCAAGAGCUUAGCCAAUCAGACACCCCCGCCUCACCACACGUCUCGCAACGGGAGCCUGUCAUAUGACAGCCUCCUGGCUGGUGGUGAUGAUUUUGACAAGGGGGUGGCAGUGGGUUCAGCAGCCCCUGAGGUUUCCUCUGGGAGACCCUGUACACCAGCGGCAGGCGGCUACAGCUCCCCCUUUAUGUCUUCACAACAGAGAGAUGCUGAGCUGCACUCCCAGUCCUCCCAGUCACCCCAUCACCACCACCGCUCUGCCCACCACCACCACCCCUUCCUCCAUCGCUCGUCCUCCUCCACAUCCUCCUCCCCACCUCCUCCUCCAGAGAGGGAGCGCCUGCUGGGCGAGCCCCACCCUGGUGCUCACCCCCCACCUGCCAAUCAGGCCUCUGCUCUGCCCUCCUCCUCAGCCCCGCCUCCCCCACACCAUCACCACCACCACCAUCACCAUCACCACCACUCCCAUCAUCACCACCAUCAUUCCUCCUCCUCUUCCUCCACCUCCCGCCCUCCCCGUUUCACUGCCCCUCACGCACCGACCCACCACGCCUACCCCUACCGAACCCGCUCCACUGACACCCCUCUGGGCGCCACCUCCACCACCCACCCUCCCCGCUCCCCACACCCCCCACCCUUGGGCAAGUCGCUCUCAUACUCGAGUGCCGCUGCCGCUGAGAUGCAGUACCGGCUGGUCCGAAAGGCCUCUGCGUCAGCCGGAGCCAACGCAGCGGGGGUUGGAGGAGGAGGAGGAGGGAUGGGAGGAGGAGGAGGAGGAGGAGGACUACAAGCACCGAAGGAUGAGCUGAUCCAGAUGAAACCUCUGAGUCGGACCAACGGUGGCCAGCCCUUCUCCUCCCCCUCCUCCUCCUGUUCUGCCCCUUCCUCCCCCUCUCGCCCAGUCAGCGUGUCUGCCCGGCCCGGAUUGGCCUACCCCGGCUCAGCAUUGAUGCAGAGCCCCGCCCACAAGCCCCAGGUUGGCGGGGUGAAGAAGGUGACAGGCGUCGGGGGCACCACCUAUGAGAUUUCAGUCUGAGUGGCAGUCCCGCCUCCAGCUCGGGGACCAAUGAGACGAAGAGGAGCUGCUGCUGUCUCUUUCAUCAAACAAGAAAACACUGACACACACCUGAGGACGAGGGGAGCCAUGUUGUCCAGAUCUCACUCCUCAUUGGCCGAUUGACUGUGGGGCUGAACUGAACUUCACUGUCCUGCCUCCAGACGUCCACCUCAAUAAUCCUGACAGUAAGACCUGGACUGAUGUGACCCAGGACUGGCCAGAACAGGAACCAAGGGGCUCAUUUAAUCACUGUAACUGAAUAGGUAGCAUGAGGCACUAGCACCAUCAGGUUAUGGCAGAGCAAGGCAUUACCACUGCCAGGGGGUGGAGUCUGAUCCCCGCUGGGGCCACCAGGAGGAUCUGGAUCAGGGUUUAUAAAGGUUCAUAUCAGUACUUUUGGACUGACUCUGCAUUUAGGUAAAAAAAAAGUUAUUUAACAUUCACAUGUAGAAAUCACUGAACACACAAUCCCACGAUGGUUAUCAGUACACUGAUCAGAGCCGAUCACACAGUGAAGGGCUUCCCACAGACUGAGACGUAUCAGACUGGGUCACAGCUGCUUCAGCGCGAGCUCUGGCCCCAGGUGUUCAUUCCUACUCAUCAAAUGGAGCGUAGUGGUGUUUCAUUGGACCAAGAACACCAGUUGUGCUUGUAAUGUGUGGAGCCCAGGCAGGAUCCCUGUAACAGCCCAUUGUCGUGGAAACGCACAACACGACGCCGCAGCAGGUGGAGAAUCCGGCGGUGAGUGGGAUCUGUGGAUGUGUGACAAUCUACCACCCGUGAACUGUUCAUCAACGCUGCUGCGGGAAGUGACUUGCCUUUCGAUGGAGGGAAGAAAAAUGUGACAAAAAACAAAACAAAAUGCUGAUUCCCUCUUUCUUUGAUUCCUUAGAUGUGAAUAUGAUUCCAUGUUUGUACAGGAUGAUGUGAUUUUAAAUGUGGAUUUCUUUUUUAAAAACAAGAAAAAUCAGUGGCGUUCAUACUGGACAGCAGCAUGCACUACUAUUACUACUAGCCACUAUAGGCCACUGUGUUUGGCUGUGGACCAUGUUGUCUGUUUGAACAAACAGGAAGUGAGGAAACUAAAGUGAAGAAAGAAGAAGAAAAUCAUAUUUUGGCCUCUUGUUGUUAAUGGGUUCUUUAAGAAAAGGCAAAACUUUUUUAGAAAAUUUAUUCCUUGAGCAAUUGCCUUGAAAAUAUAAGUGUUGUCAUUUUUUUUCACAUAUUUAAUUUGAAAUUGUUUUAUAUGAAUUUAUAUGGAAUUAUAGCUAUUGAUAAAUGAAGAGUUUUUAAUAUUGACUCAAAAGAGGGGGUGUGUUGUCAGAUUAAAGCAGCCCUCCUGAUUGGUUUUGAUGUUCCACAGUUGAGCCGCUGUUUUCUCAGAAAGAAGUUUGAUUUACGACGUGUCCUGUUCUCCAAGACCACAUCAGGAACAGGACUGGAUCCUCUCAGACCAGACGCCUCAUUUAUAAGAUACUGUCAAUGAAUAUGAUCUUUACCACACGACAAAGUACUAGGGCCACUGUUUAAACAAACAAGAAUUAAGUGUUAAUAAAUAGACAUAUUAUAAGAAAGUAUUAUAAUAGUAAGUCAGAAUUUUAUGAGAAAAGUCAUGAAAUGUAUGAGAAAAAGUUGUAAUUUGACACAAGAAAGUAAUUAGGAGAAUAAAUUGUUUAAUUACUUGCUUGUAAAAUUACAAGUUGUACAAGUUUAUUUUAGAAAAGGAAAAUGCACAAGCAAGUUAUUACUGGAUAAAGUUGUAAUUUUAUGAGAAAAAGUCAUAUUACAAAAAUGUCUUGAUUUCUCAAAUAAGGAUUGUAAAAUUUUAACACUUAAGUUAUGAAAAUAAAGUCACAGUAUAAGAAAAAAGGUUCCGUCUGGACAGUAAAAUGUGGUUUUCUUAAGACAAUUACAGGCUCAUGUUUUAGCAUUUCUUGUCUGUCUAUAUUGUACAGUAUGAAACAUUUUAAUAUUUCACCUUUAAAAUAACAAUAACAACAUUUUACCUUUAUUCUUAAAACGUAUCUUCCCCCCUCACAGUGGCCCUAAUGCUGUCGCACUAUCAAAUCCGUAGUAUGGCUAAUUUGCUGUUGGUCCCUAAACAUCUUAAAACUGAAUGUUAUCUAUUACUCAUAGAUAGUUCGAGCAGGUCGAGACACAAUGAGAAGAAGACGAGACAAACUUCAUUUGUGGUAAUUUUUUAAUCAAUCAAACGUCCAUGGGUAACGAGCUAAAGAUCAACUGAGCAUUUAUACAUGAGGCUCCUCGUCUGAGAAGAUGUGUUAAAAUAAAAGCUGCCGAAGUUUUGCUGAUGUAGUGGACGUUUGCAUUAAGUCUUCCUCUUACCUACUAAACAUGAAAUAUCCAUUGUUUGCUCAAGAUUUCACUUUCAGUAACUCACUUCCAGCCGCUUGGGAUUUUAGAAAUGUUUCUGACAGCGUUUUGUUUCAACUGUUAAACUCAAAUAUUCACUCUGGAACUAGUGACAGUAACUGGUGCAACAUGUGUAACGUCACUUUGUAAUGGCCGACAUAAUGGGCACCAGUAUAAGUCUGUUUUCUCUGGAGUUUCGCUUUUAGGUUUCCAUCUUUGUCCAGUCUGAGGGAGGGACACAGGACCACAGUCCUCAGUGCUGGAAACUAUAUGAGCAGUUAUGCUAAAAUAAAUGAAGCACACGUCAUACAACCAGAGAGAGAAUCCUGUGUCUGUGGUGAAUGCUGUUUUUAAGAAAACGUUUCUUCCAUUUCAGCUUUGUUUUUCAUAUUGCUGUAAUUUGAGGCCAGUCCGAGGAUGCACAUGAAGACUUUGGGCUGUAGGUGUAUGUUAGCGAGCAAAGUCUCUGCCUGUGUUUUUGGUUAAGACAGGUCUGGGAACCGAUGUUAAAAGAACAGACAAAUACAUGUACUGUACAGCUUAAUGUGUGUGUGAGUGUGUUUGUGGAUGUGUGUAUGUGGUGAGUGGCUGGGGGUUGAUAAUAAACUUUAAACGAGAUGAAA